AUGGCUUCUGAAAACAGCUUUGUGCAACCUACGAUUCCACGCUUCGAUGGUCACUAUGAUCAUUGGAAAGCGCAGAGAAAGACGUUGGAUGAUCAGAGAUUGAAGGAUUUGAAGACAAAGAAUUAUUUGUUUCAAGUAAUCGAUCGUGCCAUUCUCAAAACCAUCCUGAAGAAGGACACUACUAAAGACAUCUGGGAUUCAAUGAAGACGAAGUACCAAGGCACUGCACGGGUGAAACUUGCACAACUCCAAGCUCUUCACAAAGAGUUUGAAAUUCUUCAUAUGAAGGAAGAAGAGUUAGUAAAUUAUUACUUUGCAAGAACAUUGUCAAUUGCAAACAAGAUGCGCAUCCAUGGAGAAAAUUUGGAAGAUGUUGCAAUCAUUGAGAAAAUCCUUCUCUCAAUGACACACAAAUUUGACUAUGUGGUGUGUUCCAUUGAAGAAUCGAAUGACAUUAAUAGUCUUUCGAUUGAUGUGUUGCAAAGCUCACUGUUAGUUCAUGAGCAGAGGAUGACCAGCUAUGUUGUAGAGGAGCAAGCCUUGAAGGUCAGUACUCAUGAAGGAACUACUUCUUUAGGAAGAGGUAGAAGACGUAGAGGACUUCAUGGAAGCAGCAGAGGUAGAGGACGCCAACUUUCUUACAACCAAGGAGCACAAUUUAACAAGGCAAGUGUGGAAUGUUAUCACUGUCACAAGCUUGGCCACUAUCAGUAUGAAUGCCCUGACAAAGAGAAGGAAACCAAGGUAAAUUUCGUUAAGACUAAAGGAGAAAUACUCUUGAUGGCUUACAUCGACAAGAAGGAGAUUUCAUCAGGGGAUAUCAAAUUCCAUAUGAAGAACAACACUGUGCAGACAAUUUCUAAUAUGUUUUAUAUCCCAGAUUUGAAAAGCAAUCUCAUCAGUAUGGGCCAGCUGCAAGAGAGGGGUUAUAUCAUCAUCAUCCCGCAAAGCCAGUGUCAAAUUCAUCAUCCAGAAAAGGGCCUAAUAGUAGAAGCAAAAAUGACAGCCAAUCAUAUGUUCCUGCUACACAUUCAGUAUGAUGCCCAGAAGUGUCUCUCGACAAGAGUGCAAGAUCCAACAUGGUUGUGGCAUCUUCGUUAUGGUCAUUUGAGUUUCAAAGGCUUGAAAACCCUACAUGAGAAGAACAUGGUGGAAGGAUUGCCUAAGAUUAAUUGUCCCACAGAAAUGUGUGAAGAUUGCAUUGUUGAUAAACAACAUCAUGAUUCUUUCCCGCAAGGAAAAGCAUGGAGAACUGAGCAAAUCCUACAGUUGGUUCAUUCAAACAUCUGUGGUGAAAUCAAUCCAACAUCAAAUGGAAACAAAAGCUUUAAGACUCAAGUUGAAAAAGAAUCUGGCAAGUACAUUCAGAUCCUUCGCACAAAUCGUGGUGGUGAAUUUAACUCACAUAACUUUGCAAGUUUUUGUGAAUUGCAUGGAAUACGGAGGCAACUUACUGCUAGAUACACACCACAGCAAAAUGACGUGGUAGAAAGAAAGAAUCAGACGAUUAUGAACAUGGUGCGAAGCAUAUUGUUAAAAAAAAGUAUUCCAAAGACUUUAUGGACAGAAGCAAUCAAUUGGAGUGUUCAUGUACUUAACUGA